ACCGGCAAGCUGAGCCGCUGCGAGAGCGCCGACGGCAAGUCCGCCACGGGGACGUGGAAGAAGGAGCUGGGCAAGGGCAAGGACACGAUGGGUGACCUGCCGCGGGACCCGGCGCAGGUCAUCGACCAGCUGAGCCGCACCAUGCAGACGCUGAAGGACCGGCUGGAGAGCCUGGAGCACCAACUCCGAGCCAACGUGUCAUAUGCAGCACUGCCUAAUGACCUUCGAGAGAUGCUUCAACGGAGGCUUGGAGACCUGGAACGCCAACUCCUGAGCAAAGUGGCCGAGCUUGAGGAUGAAAAGUCUUUGCUUCAUAAUGAGACGUCAGCCCAUCGGCAGAAGACAGAGACAGCCUUGAAUGCAUUGCUAGAAAGAGUGGCUGAAUUAGAAAAAGGUAGCAGUGCAUUUAAGUCACCUGAUGAAUUCAAAGUCUCCCUUCCUCUUCGCACAAACUACUUAUAUGGGAAGAUCAAGAAGACUCUGCCAGAGCUGUAUGCUUUUACUGUAUGCUUGUGGUUGAGAUCAAGUGCUUCUCCUGGAAUUGGCACUCCAUUCUCAUAUGCUGUUCCUGGGCAGGCUAAUGAAAUUGUCCUUAUAGAAUGGGGGAAUAAUCCAAUUGAACUGCUAAUUAAUGAUAAG